AUGCGCAUCUCGAUUGCCAUCGCUGCCACGGCAGCCUUCACCCUCGCUCACGCCCAGUAUUCGGGGUUUAAUUAUGGCUCAACGUUCACAGACGGCUCUGCUAAACAGCAGGCCGACUUUGAAGCAGAGUUCACCCGGUCAAAGAACUUGCAGGGCACGAACGGCCGCUUAACGUCUGCCCGUCUUUACACCAUGAUCCAAGCGGACACUACCGAUACUCCGAUCUCUGCGAUUCCUGCCGCCAUCAAUACACAAACCACCCUUCUCCUGGGUCUGUGGGCUUCCGCAGGACAAGACGACUUCAUAAACGAGGUGAUAGCCCUAACCAGUGCCAUCACGCAGUACGGCACCAACUUCACGUCAUUAGUUGCGGGCAUUUCUGUGGGCUCAGAGGACCUAUACCGCAAUAGUCCAACCGGCAUCCAAGCCAAUGGAUACAAUGGGGGUGCUCAGCCCAGUGACAUUGUCAGGUACAUCAGCCAAGUGCGAAAUGCGAUCUCCGGUACCAGUGCAUCUGCGAUCAGCGUUGGUCAUGUCGACACAUGGACCGCCUGGGUGAAUGGUUCCAAUGCUGAAGUGAUUUCUUCCUGCGACUGGCUGGGUAUGGACGCGUAUCCAUACUUCCAGAACACCAUCGCAAAUAGUAUUGAUGUCGGCAACUCUACCUUCUACGACGCCUAUGAUGCGACCCAAGGCGUGGCAGGAGGACGUCCCGUUUGGGUCACAGAGACCGGUUGGCCUGUGUCCGGUCCCCAACAGAACCAAGCGGUGGCAUCAACUCAGAACGCGGAGAUCUAUUGGCAACAAAUCGCUUGCUCACUUCUGGGAAGAUACAAUACUUUCUGGUACAUUCUGCAGGACGCUGAACCUACGACGCCGAGUCCGUCUUUCGGAAUCAUUGGAUCUGAUCUGAGCAGCGCACCGUUGUUCGACCUGACCUGCAGCAACGGCAACGUCCACAGCCAGCCAGAUACUGCUUAUGGCACCCAGUACAACGGCACCAUCAACCCCACGGUUAGCACGAUCUUCAACUUCGACCUGCCUGCCUCAUACGCGAGGCAGACAUGCUCACUGGUCUUCCUCUUCCCUGAGCAAGCGGCGCUCCAGACUUCUGCGUAUACGUUCAAUGGUCAGGGUGGAAUGGCAGUCAACGAGCUUUCAAGCGCUGUAACAGCACAGACGACGUACAAUACCGUACCGCAGGUGUCUGUCUCUGGGAGGGGAACAAUCAUAAGCCUGCAGCCUGGCAACAGCUACGUGAUGGCCACCCAAGCAUGUGCUGCUGGGUUCCGUGUUGCGUAUGAGUUCGUCAGCACGGGUGGGCUGGAUCUUGAAUACUUUCAGGAUGACAACCCUUCGCCACUCGGAGCAUUCAUCACAAUUUGCUAA